ACUUUGAAGUCAAUGCCUCCCACUCCAUCCCAGUAGGUGGCGGAAUAUGCACCAAAGCUGGUUUGCCAACCGCAAUACACGUCAAAGAAGAAGAAGAACUCCGAGCAUCAGCAUCCUGACUGCUGGACUGUAAUCGUGUUUGACCGUCCCAAACCUCAAGACCGUCACAUUGUGUGUUUUGCCCGGCAGUAAUCUCUGCCGUGAUGUCUGCUAAGGCCAUUUCUGAGCAGACAGGAAAAGAAUUCCUGUACAAAUACAUCUGCACCACAGCAGCCGUGCAAAACCGUUUCUGCUGUGCCACCAGCACUGCAGAGACCGACUGGGACCGCCUUACGCAGGACCACCCGUGGCUGCUUACAGAAAGGCUGGUUGUGAAGCCAGAUCAGCUGAUCAAACGCAGGGGGAAGCUGGGAUUGGUGGCAGUUGACCUGAACCUUGAGGGUGUUCAGGAAUGGCUGAAUUCACAUCUGAUGACAGAAAUCACAAUUGGGAAUGCGAAAGGGAUAUUAAAGAACUUCCUCAUUGAGCCAUUUGUGCCUCACUUACAGGAAGAGGAGUUUUAUGUAUGUGUAUACGCCAGCCGGGAAGGCAGUCAUGUGCUGUUCCAUCAUGAAGGUGGGGUAGACGUUGGAGACGUGGACAUCAAAGCCCAGAGACUUUCGGUGGGAAUAGACGAGAAACUCACGGAGGACAUGGUUACUCAACAGUUACUUAUACAUGUUACAGAUGAGAAGAAAGAAGUGCUGGCAAGCUUCAUAGUGGGUCUCUUCAAUUUGUAUGAGGACCUUUACUUCACAUAUCUAGAGAUCAAUCCACUGGUGGUCACUAAGGAAGGAGUGUACAUCUUGGAUAUGGCAGCCAAAAUUGAUGCUACUGCUGACUAUAUCUGCAAGCCGAAGUGGGGUGAUAUGGAGUUUCCUCCUCCAUUUGGCAGAGAAGCUUAUCCUGAGGAAGCUUACAUAGCAGAUCUUGAUGCUAAGAGUGGCGCCAGUCUGAAACUCACCCUACUGAAUCCCAGAGGACGCAUCUGGACCAUGGUGGCUGGUGGCGGUGCAUCAGUGGUGUACAGUGAUACCAUCUGUGAUCUGGGUGGAGUAGAUGAACUGGCCAACUACGGGGAAUACUCUGGUGCUCCCAGCGAGCAGCAGACGUACGACUAUGCCAAGACUAUCCUCUCCCUAAUGACCCGUGAGAAACACCUUGAUGGAAAGGUGUUGAUCAUUGGCGGCAGUAUUGCUAACUUCACUAAUGUAGCAGCUACGUUCAAGGGCAUUGUGAGAGCUAUCAAAGACUACCAGGGGCCCCUAAAAGAACAUGAGGUUACAAUCUUUGUUCGACGUGGAGGUCCAAACUACCAGGAAGGGCUGAGAGUGAUGGGAGAAGUUGGAAAGACUACUGGAAUUCCCAUCCAUGUCUUUGGCACGGAGACUCACAUGACUGCUAUUGUUGGCAUGGCACUGGGUCAUCGGCCAAUCCCCAAUCAGCCUCCAGUGGCUGCGCACACUGCCAAUUUCCUGUUGAACACCAGUGCUAGUGCAGCUACGCCAGCAAGAACCAGAAAUACUUCAUUCUCUGAACACAAACUGACCAAUAGUGUCACAGAUGGCAUGAUGGCCACAGCAGGUGUUCCAAGAGUUUCAUGGUCUGCAAGAGCCAUGUUUAAUGCGGCGCUUAAAGCUAAAGCCACGACUCUAUUCAGCAGGCAGACAAAGGCAAUUGUGUGGGGCAUGCAGACGCGGGCAGUUCAAGGCAUGCUGGACUUUGAUUACGUGUGUUCACGUGAUGAACCCUCUGUUGUCGCAAUGGUCUACCCCUUCACUGGUGACCACAAGCAGAAGUUUUACUGGGGUCAUAAGGAGAUCUUACUGCCUGUCUAUAAGAACAUGGCUGAUGCUAUGAAGAAACAUCCAGACGUUGAUGUGCUCAUAAAUUUUGCCUCUCUUCGCUCGGCUUUCGACAGCACCAUGGAAACAAUGCAGUAUCCUCAGAUACACACUAUAGCUAUCAUAGCUGAAGGCAUUCCUGAAGCUUUGACCCGCAAACUCAUCAAAACAGCCGAUGAAAAGGGUGUCACUAUCAUUGGACCUGCAACCGUUGGUGGUAUAAAGCCAGGCUGCUUUAAGAUCGGGAACACAGGCGGAAUGCUUGACAAUAUCCUGGCAUCAAAGCUGUAUAGACCAGGCAGUGUGGCAUAUGUGUCCCGCUCAGGAGGGAUGUCCAAUGAGCUCAACAACAUCAUCUCGCAUACUACAGAUGGAGUUUAUGAGGGAGUUGCAAUUGGAGGAGACAGAUUUCCUGGCUCUACAUUUAUGGACCAUGUGCUCAGAUAUCAGGACACUCCAGGCGUCAAGAUGAUUGUCGUUCUGGGAGAGAUCGGAGGCACAGAAGAAUAUAACAUCUGUCAGGGCAUUUCAGAUGGCAGAAUCACUAAACCAGUUGUGUGCUGGUGUAUUGGAACGUGUGCUACCAUGUUCUCAUCUGAGGUGCAGUUUGGCCAUGCGGGAGCGUGUGCCAAUCAAGUGUCAGAAACAGCUGUGGCCAAAAAUCAAGCACUACGGGAAGCAGGUGCAUUUGUGCCUAAUAGCUUUGAUGAAUUAGGUGAUGUCAUCAAGUUUGUGUAUGAUGACCUUGUCGCAAAAGGAAUCAUUGUUCCAGCACAGGAAGUUCCUCCUCCUACCGUCCCAAUGGAUUACUCCUGGGCAAGAGAGCUGGGUUUGAUUCGUAAACCUGCAUCAUUCAUGACUAGUAUCUGUGAUGAAAGGGGCCAGGAGCUCAUAUAUGCUGGUAUGCCCAUCACAGAGGUGUUCAAAGAGGAAAUGGGACUAGGAGGAGUACUGGGCCUGCUGUGGUUUCAGAGAAGAUUACCACGUUACGCAUGCCAGUUCAUCGAGAUGUGUUUGAUGGUGACUGCGGAUCAUGGGCCGGCUGUAUCUGGUGCUCAUAACACCAUUGUGUGCGCUCGUGCCGGUAAAGACUUGGUGUCUAGUCUGACCUCUGGACUUCUGACGAUAGGAGAUAGAUUCGGUGGCGCGCUAGAUGCAGCUGCCAAACAGUUCAGUAAAGCGUUCGACAGUGGCCUGCUGCCCAUGGAGUUUGUCAACAAGAUGAAGAAAGAUGGCGUACUGAUUAUGGGCAUCGGGCAUCGAGUCAAAUCAAUCAAUAACCCUGAUAUGAGGGUGCAGAUUCUGAAGGACUUUGUGAAGCAGAAUUUCCCAUCAACACAACUACUGGACUACGCCCUCGAAGUAGAGAAGAUCACCACCUCGAAGAAACCCAACCUUAUUCUAAACGUUGAUGGUUUUAUUGGUGUGGCUUUUGUGGACCUCUUAAGAACAUGUGGAGGAUUCACACGGGAUGAGGCAGAUGAAUUUGUUGAGAUUGGGACUCUUAAUGGAAUCUUCGUUCUGGGACGCAGCAUUGGUUUCAUCGGUCAUUAUCUGGACCAGAAACGUCUGAAGCAGGGUCUCUAUCGCCACCCGUGGGAUGAUAUCUCCUACGUUCUUCCUGAGCACAUGUCUAUGUAAACCUGGAAGCUAUUAUAAGUAUUUUGGAUAAAUAUGUGGGAACAUGUUUAUUUUACUACUUUAUCAUAGUGGGAAGGGGUAAAUUAUUCAGUCAUAACCAAAGAGAAACACUAGCAAAAUACUGACAAAUAGUAAUUGUUAACGUUCAUGGUAAAGCAUGACAAUUCUCAAUUGAAUUUAUAAAACAGUUGCUUGUAAAGCAAGCUUCAUGGCACAGUGUCAUUGUCCAUCUUAUAUUACUAACACUUUAAUGCACCUUCCUUUGCUUUGGUUAUGAUUAAUAAUUAAGAAUCAUUUAUGUCUCUUCAAGCUGUGAGAUCUAAUAGUCUGAAUGAAGACACCACAGCCUGUAGAUGCAAAGCACCUAAUUCUAAAGCACACUCUCAAAUGUUACCUAUUAUGAAAUGUUAGCGUACACACCCUGAACCUUAAGUAAGCAAAGUGGAGGUUCAUACUAAGCACAUUCAUCACUAUCUGGGAUAAAUUACUGCAACAAAAAAGUGAAACUAAAUCAGCUUCUCUGGUGUUGUUUUUAUGUGCAAAAUUAUAGUAUUUUUAAAAUAAAAUUCUUUAUUGGUAAUUCAUGUUGUACAAUUUUCAUGUUGUGCAGCAUUCAAAAUUGGUCAAGGGUAAUCUCUUUCAUGCAAAAACACUAUGGCAUUAAGUGCAUAUCAGAUUAUUCUAAAAUGUGGUCAGUGAAGUAACUGAUUCCAUCUUCACUAACAAAUUGAUGCCUUUCAAUGAACUGGAGGAGUCAACAUGCUGCAUUUACAUAGGACUUAUUGACGGAUGUGAAGAAGUGGAUACAGCUAAACAGGGCAACCAAAAAAGAGAAAAUAUCCAGUGUGCAGCAGUUCUUUGGGUGAUGAUAAUGCCAUGUUGAUGCCAGAGACCAGACCACACAUUUUGUCAGCUUGUCAAAUUGUGGCUCCCCCUGGAGACACUUAUAAGUAAUGUUUCUCCAGACUUUUUUUCUUUUUUUAAAAGUGUCAAACUCUCGGGAACAUUUUUCACGUUGUUAACCAUGAAUGAAAUUGAGAAAUGUGGAUCUUUUUAAUGAGAAAUUUACAUAAAAUGUUGCCAUUUCGUAUAAAUGUAUUUAAAUUUUUUCAAAUUAAAAAAGGUCAAUACAUACCUUUUAGCAGCACAGUCCACCUUCAGCAACUGAAAAUGCUUUUCAGUAAACUGCGCAGUUCACCUGGACAGACAGACCCAUUGAUCUUUUUUAUUUUUAUUUUAUAUAUUUUUUUUUAAAUAUUGUAAGGUGUGUGUGUGUCAUGUUUUGUGUUAUGACCGUAAACUUACCCUCAGACAUCAUGUUCUCUUCACAGUCUAGCUGUUUCAGCAGAUGUGAUGCACUUGCACUUCUUGGUGUGGAACAGAGUGGUUCCAAAUGAAUUUGAGUAACUUAACUUGUUUGGUUGAUUUAGUUUAGGUUUAACAUCAGUUUAUUAAACAGGCUGAACUUAUGCUGUCAUGAGCUGGAAAGAAACAGAACUCAACUUAAAGCAACCCACUUGCAGAAAAAAAGAUGAACCGCUAAAAGAAUGUGUGAGAAUUCACACUCAUCAACUAGGUUCAGAGAUGAUUGCAGUUCUGUGUUGAUUGAACUAGUGUGGGCAAACUACUGUAGCUGAGCUGUCACACCAAGCAAACGUGUUUCAAAACCAGAUUAGAACACAGUGAUGUAAAGAGGACAAAAGACAAACAUUAGGUCUGAGGAAAAAAACAAUAAAUGGACACUACUACUUUAGUUACAAUGUACAGUAAUUAACAGGUAACAACCGAAGCUCUUUAUAAUAGACAAAUACAUUGAUCAGCCACAACUAUCACUGCCUCUGCCAGCCUGCCUUCUUCCUCUAGUGCAUCCUGUUACCAUCUCUUUCCCAGGUAAACAACACACACAAAACAUGAUUCAUUAUAUAAGGCAACAUUCUUCCUCUGCUCUAAGGUUCAUUUCUGGUUCUCAUAUCCCCAGUGUAGACGCUUUUGACGGUGAAUAGGUGUCUUCAUGAGAGUAUGAAUAUGCAGUUUUAUUUUGCUGAAACUCAAUAUUUCAGAGUCACUGUGGUAUUUGUAAAUACUGUUUUAUUCCUGAAUAUGCAUUUGAAAAUAUAUUUCAUAUACUGUCUGACACAAAGGUCUGUUCAUGUUGACGCUUUGUAAGUGUUCUGAGUGUUACAAAGCUAUAUUAGCAUUGCUCAUUUUCCACUUAAAACAUGGCAAAAAGUGCAUCAUUCAAGAAGGUGUGUUUGCAAACUGUAUUUUAUAAUCAAGAAAAUAUCUGCUGUAUGUAAUUUAGAAUUGAAUAACCCAGAUUUUUCUUAUUUUUUGUAAUUUCCUAUAUUUAUUAAUAUGGGAGUUUGAACCAUGUGACUUUUUUUUAAGUUCUGGUGAAAAUGUCCGUAAACUGUAAUAAUGCUGAUCAUUCUGGUUGGCUGUUUCGCUUAGUGAACCAGUACACAAAAAGAAAAAUUAAAGCGAGCCAACUACAAAAUCAAGAGGUCACAAGCAGAUGGUUCUCUAAUUUUAUAUGUUCAUCUGCAUUCCAAUACACAAAUAGAAAAUGGAUGGACAGUUCAUUGUUCAUUAAGUCAUAAUUUCAUAGUGCUAAAAAAAAAAAUCCAAUAGCCUAUACACACACAUACAGGUGCAUCUCAAUAAAUUAGAAUGUCGUGGAAAAGUUCAUUUAUUUCAGUAAUUCAACUUAAAUUGUGAAACUCGUGUAUUAAA